CUUAACGACAAUCAGCUGUCGAAGUACAAUAACAGAGAUAAUAGCCAAUCAGCUAUAAAUGUAAUAUGACAAGAAAGAUGUCAGUGCACUGGGCAUGUGUACAUGUGUAGAACAUGUUACUUCCGGGAACUCUCAUUUUUUUAUUGCAGAGGGGACUGGAAACUGGAUCUGGAUUGUAGGGGAUAGCCUGGUCAGAAGAGCAAAAGAACGAGCUUCACAACGCAACUAUCAGCAGUUUGGAGAGCGAGGUAUCGUGGUCCGUUGGCAUGGGCAAGGCGGCGCCACGCUCCAGGAUCUCCCCAGGAUGGUUUCUUACCGGCUGAGAUGCGGCACUCCUCCUGCAUUAGCUAUUGUCCACUUGGGAUCAAAUGACAUCGGACAGUAUGAUGUCUGCCGGUGCAGAAUGGCAAUUGACACAGCCAUCCAAGAUCUACGCGCGAGAAUGCCGCACACCCAUAUCGCCUGGUCUGGUAUUUUACCGCGGCUCUUCUACUAUGGUCGCAAGCAAGGCUCUAAUUCACAGGAGGCCUUGGAUGGAGUUCGUAAGUCUCUUAACAAAUACGCUAGGAGGAAACUAGCCAGGAUGUCGGAUACCACCAUCAUCAAACAUGAAUUUGACCCCACAAUCCACAGCCUCUUCAAUAGAGAUGGAGUGCACCUCUCUGAUUCGGGUUCAGACAUUCUCAUUGACAGUUUCAGAACUGCAGCAAGAGAAGCAGGAUUUGUUUAGAUAUGGAGAGGAGACGAGCUUGAGAAACAUUUUGAGAACUCGAGGCUUCUGGCAAGGUUUUUUCUUUUGUAAUGUAUCUUAGUGUUAUUACGUUUAUUGUUUCUAGUCGUUUAUGUACAUACUUCAUUUUACGGGCUUUGUGAAGGGCACCGUCAACAGUACUACCUUGCUAUUAUCAAUAAUGAUAUGCACGUGUCUGGAUUGAGGAUGAAGGAACGUCCUUUUAUAGGCAUUUUGCAUCCAUUCAUGUGAGGUUAAGUUUUAAUGCGGCUCCAUGCCAAUAUAUUAGGUAACUUUAUUUGCAAGCAUGACAAGUUCAUGUAUGCUCCAGAAUCAUGUGACUUACGACGGAGCAAAAAAAAAAAAAAAAAAAAAAAAAAAAAAAAAAUUAAUUGGGUGGAAGGUUUUUGUUCAGAAACAAUUUGUUUGAAACCUGACAGAUCACCAAUAUUGAUAUCAAAGUAUAUGCUCCAAAGAUGUUGUUUACCAAGAUUUAGGGAAACACCCGUGGGAACUACUAUCCUGCGGGUGGGUCACGUGAUCAACAGUCCCAGGGAGGAGUUACUACCCUUCCUGGCGAUCACGUGACCAUAUCUUUCAGUAAGUUUAAUAGGAUGCCACAGAUGUAGUUUUUCGUUAUGUCUUACGACAUUGUUCAGACUGUUUUGAGGUUUAUCACCUCUUAUGUUAUUUAGGCAUAUUGCCUCUGUGUUUUGAUGCCUCGUACGGAAUUAAACGGCGAGCAAUGGCAUAUAAUUUGUCCACGUGUUUUCUUCUCAAAAGGUAAUGAUCAUUUUCAGUGAUCAGUAAAUUUUUGAGAGAAACAAGUGUUAGGUUCAUAGAGGAAUAUAAUGUGAAAAGUCCAAAUCGAUACAGAUUGUGUAUGUGAUCACUAACCGGAUAUCAUGUGAUCUAAUCACAGCGGGAAACAUGUGCGUUGUGGAAUAUACUAGUAACGUGUGCACGUAAUAAAGCCAUUGCAGUCUGAAAUUCCUUCGAGGCAACAAAUUUUUCCCCUCCACUCCCACCCAGGUACAUUGGUAAUAUAUUAUCGGGAUGGGAGGACCCGGCGUCAACACAGAAUUUAGUCACGGGAUCGUUAAGGGGGUUGCAUAUUUCUGAGGCAAUGCAGUGUAGCGGUGACUUUAGCACAUAUGUUACCAUACAAGCUGAUAUUUUAGUCAAUGCGUAGACCUGAAUUACUGUUGAGAAUUACCGUGUGUAGGAAAUUUUGUGUAUUACGAUUUAUGAUAUUCUUAUUAAACAUCUCAUGGUUGGGAGGUUGGGCAGAGUUACGACAGUAGAUCAGCAUGGUUGGUAGGUUGGGCAGAAUUUAGACAGUCAGUCAUCAUGGUUGGGAGGUUGGGAGAGAUAUUGAAUUAUUUUAUGGUUUUAUGUUUUAGAUUAAGAACAGGAUAUCUGGAGGUAACUUUUUUGGCCUGCAUAAGGUUGGAAGGUUGGGCAGGACACUUACGAGUUUAUCAUGAAGGCAGAUAUACAACAUUGUUGAAUAGAUGGCCAUAGGAUAGAGGUAUACUUUUAUAUGUCAUACAUAUUAUAUUCUCAGGUUUAAAUAAGUCCACUGUCCAGAUAGUCAUAUUAAAGUGACUAGGCCUACAAUAUGGCUGGGAGGUUGGGUAGGACUUACGGACAGGCAGCAUAGAGCAUUAUGUGGCUAAUUAUGACUUUUAUAUGUAAAUGGUACGGAGGAGCAUGUCAGGAUACAUUGCUUUAGAAGUGUAGAAGGUUUUUGUUCAGAAACAAUUUGUUUGAAACCUGACAGAUCACCAAUAUUGAUAUCAAAGUAUAUGCUCCAAAGAUGUUGUUUACCAAGAUUUAGGGAAACACCCGUGGGAACUACUAUCCUGCGGGUGGGUCACGUGAUCAACAGUCCCAGGGAGGAGUUACUACCCUUCCUGGCGAUCACGUGACCAUAUCUUUCAGUAAGUUUAAUAGGAUGCCACAGAUGUAGUUUUUCGUUAUGUCUUACGACAUUGUUCAGACUGUUUUGAGGUUUAUCACCUCUUAUGUUAUUUAGGCAUAUUGCCUCUGUGUUUUGAUGCCUCGUACGGAAUUAAACGGCGAGCAAUGGCAUAUAAUUUGUCCACGUGUUUUCUUCU